CGGAGCGGAAGGAGAUGGCGGAUUUAUGAUGUCAUUUCCGACAAGUGAUUUAUUUUCUCUCCCUUUGUGAACUACUUUAGCUUUUUUACGUUAGAAGAACUGACUUUGGUGUUUGCAUUCCUGUAGCGGUAAAACGAGGCAAGUACUUCCAUCACUGGCAGGUCACCGGAGGAAGCGUAACAGAGCAGGGUCAUCAUGUCUGCAGAACUGGACUUGUCCACUCCAGAGAUCCCUGAGCCUACCCUGCUAGAAAGCAUACUGCGCUAUGGGUUGUUUCUCGGUGCUAUCUUUCAGCUUAUUUGCAUCCUGGCUGUCAUCUUCCCUUCAUCCAAGGGCCACGAACAGGAGGAAGCCGAGUCCACUGACGUAAAGGCUGCUGAACAGAUAAAGAAACCUAAAGGACCAACACCUCAGCCUCGACAGAAACCAAAGAAAGAGAGCAAAAAGAAGCGAUAAAUAUCUGUGUGCAUGUCUGUGCGCGCGCGUGUGUGUAUUACCUUGAGAAUGUGUGUGUUGGGUCAUUGCCAACGUUAUAAGAAUUUCGUUAUUACAAGUAUAAGCACUAAUUUAAAACAAUUAAAAAAAAAUUAAAGAGGUGUGUUGAAUUUGAGGCACAAGAAAAGGACCAACUACAUCCUGUUCAACACAUUACAAAAACAGCUCAUUAUCAUGGUGCUUACCAACAGUUUAUUUAGUUACACACCGUAUUUCAUUGGUUGUGUUUGUUAUACAUUUUCUUUUGUAACAAUUGAAUAUCAUUGGUUGAAUUGUGUGUUAAUAACAAGGAAGAAAUAAAUGUGUUCUGCAGCCAUC